CACAAAUGCCACACGAUAAGUGAGAGAGAGAAAGAGAGUCGCGCACGGAGAAGCGGUUUAAUAUAAGCUAAAAGUUAUAAAUUAAAGAAUUACUUAAGCGAAAACAGCACGAAUUUGUGCAAAAAUCAACAUCAAUGAGUUUAAACAUUGACAUGUCCGAGAUCAUAGAGUUUGUGUUGCCCACAAAAAGCGAAUAUUUAGAUCACGACGACGAUGGAGGCGGCAACAACAACGGCUACAACGAUGUGGACGAUGAAGACGAAGAGGAAGAGGUAGAUGAAACAGAUGCGGACGCAGAAUUGGAUCCGGAUGCUGAUCAGUAUGUGGUCUUGGAGACUGUGGACAUGGCCGGCGAUUACAAGCACGAAGAAUUUCUGCUGGUCAACGACGAUGGCACCGAAAAUGGUUUGUUGCUGGGCAAUGCGACGCAACUGCAACAUUGUCCCGAGCUGUUGCAGCACACAAUGCUGCGCAUACCCAAGGAGGAGAGUCUACAGUAUAUGAUCGCUGGCGAAACGGAUGAGCUGGACGAUCUGGUCGAAGAGGAGGAGGAGGAGGACCAGCAAGAGCAAGAGUUGGAAGAACACUACGAAGAGCUGCAGCAAGUCGAAGAGGAGCAGCAGCAACAGCAAGAUUAUGAGCAAUACGAGGAGCAGGACCAGUCGCGUUUUGGUUGGAACUAUGUGCAGCACGAAACCGACGAAACUGUGGCUAUCGAGCAGUUAGAAUCGAAAACGCACCUACAGCAUGGCCUGACCUUUUUAACCGACGAAGAGGAGCUGCAAGAGGAGUUCAAUUACGAGGAACUGGAAGAGAGCUUGCCAACAGAGCCACAGCAACAACAACAACAGCAGCACCAACCACCACCUCAGCAGCAACAACAACAACCACAACAGUUGGCCAAACCCAGCGAAAAGCUGCUGGACAUGUUCAAGGGACCAAGACGGUAUAUGCUGUUCGAUGAGCUGAUCGCCACCAUAGUGGACUUCGAUGAGGAUGGCACACCGAUUGUGGAGUUUUCAAUGAUUGGCUGCCUGCAGGACGAAAAGUUGCCCGUCGAAUGUGGAAUUUGUCCCGAUGUUAUGCACAAAUCGAAGCUCUCGAAGCAUCAGAAAACCCAUCUCGUUCCCGGCACAAAUCGUUAUGCCUGCAUCUAUUGCAGUGAAACGUAUCGCGAUUGUAAAUAUCUGGCGGGCCAUGCACGUCGUCACAUGGGCAUCCGUCCAUAUGUGUGUGAGCCAUGCAAAUUGUAUUUCAGCACCAAGCAGGAUCUGCGUGUGCACAAUCAACGGCGGCAUCUGGAGAAGGAGCACAUCUGCGAGAUGUGCGGCAAAACAUUUGCGCAGAAUACACAGCUGAAGCGACAUCGCGAGGCGACGCACGAGAAGAAGCGACGCUUCCAGUGUAAGUACUGCCAAAAGGCCUACUACAAGAACUUCUCCUUGAAGGAGCACAUCCGGAAUGUGCACAUGGGCAAGCGACGCAUGCUCAAGUGUCCGUUCUGUGGCAUGCAGUGUCGCGACGCCCACAAGAUGGCGCGACAUCGCAAGGAGAUGCAUCUCAAUCAGGACACGUACGUGUGCCAUCUGUGUCACGAGGAGUUCACCGACAUCAAUUAUUUCGAUGCUCACAAGCGUUCGAUUCAAUGUCGCAGCAACACACGACGCCUGGUGGGUGAGCAGGGAGUGGCUAGCGGUGAGGAUGUGGCCAGUGGCGAGGAUGCGCAAUUUGUGGGCGAGGCGGAUGAGUUGGCCGACAUGCUGGAGGAGGAUUACGACGAGGAUGCGGGACUGCUGCUGGAAGGGAACUAUGUGGAGGAAGAACAGCAACAGGAGGAGCUGCACGAGCAGCAUCAGGAGCAGCCGCUCUACGAGUUGGCUGUCAAUGGAAAUGGUUAUCAACAGGAGCUGAUCGAUGAGGAGGAUCAACAACAGCAGCAGCAGGAGCAGCAUUAUGAGGAUGAUGGGCUCCUUGUUGAACAGCUGCAGGAUGAUGAUGAAGACGGCGAGCUGGAGGAGCACGUCGAAGACCAUGAGGUGGAGCAGCUGCUGGAGGAUGAUGAACAGCAGUUUCUGCAGCACCAAGCAAUCGCCUACCAACAAGAACAUCAGCAACAACAUCUACAACAGCAUUCGCAACAUCGACAGUACAACGAUGAUGAGUUGAUUUAUGAAAUCACUUUGGAGACUGAGGAUAACUGAGCAAAAUAUUCCCUUUUCCUACCACCUAAUCUUUGUAAAUACCUAAAUAAAAGUGUAUGUAAAUUGUACAAUUACUAUUUGCAAUUGAGAGAAACAACAACACGAAUAAAAAAAUAAAAGCGCCUUGACAAC